GCUUUAGCGGUAUAGACUUCUUUCCGUGUGCCUAUCCAAGGAAUGAAAAACUUAUAGAAAACAAAAUUUCAAUGUUUUCAUGAGACCGAUUUUGCGCUAAUAAACUCUGAUUCUUUGAUAAAUAUCAAUCAUGAAAUGUCGAUUGACGAAAUUAUAGGAAAAACUACAUUCUUGUAAUUUUGUAUAUUAAAAUUAGUCAUUCAAAGUUAAAAAUCCAGUAAUACCUAACCACAAUGUCGAUGAUAACUGGCACUCUUAAUCAAUACAUACAAUGUGUGGAACGUAUGUACAGAACGGGACAAGGUAACAUAUUGUCUAGACUGUUGUCUCUAAGAGAUGAACAUGUCUACAAUAGGAAUCUAUUAUCGAGCGAUAUUGCAACCCUUGUCACAGGAAAUUGUGUUGCUCCAUUAGAUGAACUUGUAAUUGCACACUUAUCAUGUCUUAAGGCAUUAUAUGCAAGUGAUUACAUUGAGGCAUACGAUCAUCAGAGUAUAUGUGUGGCCUCUGUCGUAAAGCUAUUACAGGGACAGAAAGAAGAGAACUGGUGCCUUCCGGUUAUGUAUGCUGCAUGUUUAGAUCUUAGACUUGUUGCACAGAAAGCAGAGGCAUCUAGCCCUCAAAAUGGCAGUAAAAUUAUGGAAAAAGCAGCAGAGAGCUUAUUAGCUUGCUUCAGAGUCUGUGCUGCUGACAACAGAGCUUCAGAUGUGGAUACCAAAAAGAUAGGCAUGUUGUGUCUUGUAAACCAACUUCUUAAAGUAUAUUUCAGGAUAAACAAGCUCCACCUUUGCAAACCAUUGAUUAGAGCCAUUGAUUCUUCACCGUUCAAAGACCAAUUCCCACUGGCCCAACAAAUUACGUACAGAUAUUUUGUGGGCCGUAAAGCCAUGUUUGACUCAGACUAUCGUCUAGCUGAUGAAUACUUAUCAUUUGCUUUUGAAAAUUGUCACAGAAGAAGCAUACGAAAUAAAAGACUCAUUCUAACUUAUUUAGUUCCUGUGAAAAUGCUGUUGGGUUUCAUGCCCGCAAAAUAUUUACUAGAGAAAUAUGAUUUGCUACAAUUCUGGGAUCUAAUAUCAGCUGUGAAAAAUGGAGAUUUGCGUGGUAUCGAUAUGGUUAUGGAGGAACAUGAAAAGUUCUUCAUAACGGCUGGUAUUUAUUUGAUCGUAGAAAAAUUAAAGAUUACAGCAUACAGAAAUUUGUUUAGGAAAGUAUAUUUAGCGGAGAAUUCACAUCAGAUAGACAUAGCUAGCUUCGAGGCAGCACUACAAAUAAUGGGACAAGAAGAUGUUGAUUCAGAUGAAACUCAAUGUAUUGUUGCAAAUCUCAUAUAUGAUGGAAAAAUCAAAGGAUACAUCUCAUACCAACACAAGAAAGUGGUUGUCAGUAAACAAAAUGCUUUUCCUCCAUUAUCUAGUCUGUAUUAAAUUUAUACCAUUUAAAUAAUACCUAGGGGAAUACACACUUAAUUUUUUGAUUGUUUUAAUAAAAAUUAAGAUUCCAUUAGCAUAAAGGCUGAUUAAGUGAAAUGUGAUGAUGAGCAAUUGUAUAUCUGACGCAAUUUCACUAUUUAAAUACUUUCUUUUUUAUUACAUAUAAUAUCCAUAAAAAUACACAAAACAGUUCAGUAGUCCAGUUUUUUUAUUUUAGUAGCACUAAUGUGUUUAGGGUUGUCAUUAAAUAAAAUAGAAACUCACAACGGUAGGGGUGUCUUUACACCAAAAUUUGUCAUUAAUAAAACAAAAUAUUAUACAUAAUAACAUAAUACAUAACAUGAGUCCAAACCUUAAGUUGUCAGUGAAUAUGGAUAAGCACUAUAACAAUAAUAUCUAUUAAUUGAGUGUCAUUAAUGUGGAUUUUAAUAAAAGAUGAUGAUGAUGAGAGAUGAAUGACAUGAUGUGUAAUUGUUUUGAAUCCUGCUUGAUCUGUAUUAUGUUUAAAAUUUAAAUAAACGUCUAGGGAUUACAGAUAAAUAAUAAUUUUGAAUUCGAUAUUUCGCGUCGUUCGGAAUCUCUAUUUAUGAAAAUACUAUUUGUCCCUGUUAUGUAUCGUAUGUUGCAAAUAUAUUCCAUUACCAAAGUGAGCAAUAGUUUCAAUGUUCCCAUCACUAGGAGAACACGCUACGCACUGAAUUUUUCACCGGCUUUGCAAAAUGGUUCCGAUCAUAGAUUUAUACAUUUAAAUUCCGAUAGCGUGGUAGAUUCAGCGAAGCACUGAUUCGAACUAGCGCAAAUGGUACCAAAAGUCUCAGGUUGAGCCCCGUAAGCUCACCUACCCGUUAAAUGAAAUCAGAAUAGCCCUUCGAAGCUACUUAAUUGGGCAGGUUAAAACAAAACUACGACUUAACAUCAUCAUCUACUCCGUGUGCUUAGUAUAAGUUAACGUUCUCGAUCGCGUAAAAGUUAACUACCUCAAAUUUGUAUUGAACUGGAACGUUUGCCUACGUUUACCGCUAGGGGCGCUGUUCCAACUGCAUACAAAUUUAAGUUUACUUUUACGCUAUCGAGAACGUUAAAAACUAACACUAAGCACACUGAGUAGAUGAUGUUACGGAUAUAAUUGGAUAGUAAACUUAAAAAUACAUAAUCAGUUAUAUAUUAUAGGAAAAGUUUUGAUGACGUGACAACGUCUUAUAAUUCGAUGGAGCCGGCUGCACGCACGAAAAAAACAUGACUCAUAGAG